UCACUAACUUAAAAGGCCACUCCGCGACUUACUAGCUUCAUCUUCCUCGCCUGGUGCCCUUCUUCUUCUACCCGUCUUCUUCCAUGGCCUUAUCGGCGGCAUACGCUUCAAACAUUAACCUCUUAGCCUACAAACAAUUCCACCGCGUCCGCUGGCAUGAUGUGACCGAAACCACACGCCGAAUCUCCUCUCCCCGGGUUUCUCCUGCUAUUGUCCUCAAGCCUCGCAAAUUUCUCAUCUUGUCACGCGCCACCGCCGGCGAAGGUGGCCCCGCCGAGUUUAACCCUGGUCCGUCCGCCACGUCCAAGGAUAUUGAAGUGUCCAAUAGCAAUGGUAAUUCUGGAGAAGGCUAUAUAGGACUGUUUGUUCAAAUGCUUGGUCUAGAUAAUAACCCUGUAGACCGGGAACAUGCAGUGGUGACACUUUGGAAAUAUUCAGACGGGGGAAAGAAUUUUAUGGAUGUUAUCAUGAAGUUUCCAGGUUGUGUGAAUCUCGUUCUCAGCCUUCUGAAAUCAGAUAGCCCUUCUACAUGUGAAGCAGCAGCAGGCCUUUUGCGAAACAUAUCAUCAGUUAAAUUGUACAGAGAUAUUAUAGCUGAAAGUGGUGUGAUUGAAGAAAUUGCAUGGUUGCUUCAUCAAUCCUUUUUGUCUCUAGGGGUGAAGGAGCAAAGUCUAUGUACAUUGUGGAAUUUAUCUAUUGAUGAGAAACCUAGGAUUAAGAUAGCGCGUGGUGAUCUCUUACCACUCCUUAUUAAGCUCCUUUAUGAUGAGGAAAUCAAGGUAAAAGAGGCAGCGGCAGGUGUUUUAUCAAAUCUGUCUUUAAGCCCAUGCAAUCACUGCAACAUGGUAGAACUUGGUGUAAUCCCAAAGCUGGCAAAUCUUUUCAAAAGCGAUGCUGAGGGGUUGAAAGUUAUCAGAAAAUCAGCAAAAACUGCAUUACUAGAAUUAUCCAAAGAUGAUUACUACAGAGUUCUUAUUUUUGAGGAGGGUUUAAUAAAGGUCCCUUUAAUUGGUGCUGCUGCCUACAAGUCCUUUAGACCACAAUCUCAUUCUUGGCCCUCUUUACCUGAUGGAACAGAGUUAGAAAGGACUUCACGCUCCUCAAGAUAUGGUGCUACUGAAUUACUAGUUGGAUUUAGUGUUCGUGAAAAGGACAUCAGCUUGGAAGAGGCGAAGAUAAAUGCCAUUGUUGGAAGAUCUCAGCAGCUAUUUCUUGCACGAAUUGGUGCUAUCGAGAAUGAUGGAAGAAGAUCAGAUUCUGAUUCAUCUUUAAACCAACAACAUACGCUUUUGCCCUGGAUAGAUGGUGUUGCUCGGCUAGUUUUGUUUCUUGAGCUUGAAGAUGUCUCAGCAAUCACAAGAGCCGCGUACUCGAUUGCUGAUGGAUCCAUUAGUGAGCAUCUGCGGAUAUCAUUCAAGGAAGCUGGAGCUAUCAAACGUCUGGUUCAGUUGCUUUCUCAUGAUGAUAAGGCUGUUCAAGAGGCAGUGGUUUAUGCCCUAGAUAGGCUUAGCCUAAGCUAUGAAGUGCUCCAAACUAUUGAAGCAGAAGGCAUUGUGCAUCCUCUUGUUGACAUAAUCAAGCGUGGAAAUGCAUCUGGAAGCAUAUUGGAAAAGAUCUUGAAUAUAUUGCAUCGAGUUAUUGACCCAGGAAAAUACAUGGAAAGAAAGCUCCAUGACAAAGUAGCAUCUGGGUCCGACAAAAUGGCCAUAUCUUCGUACAAUUCUCUCAAUAGAGAUGUAAUUACGAGAGCAUCAGGGACUUCUUCAAUGUUUGAUUUAAUUUCAAGGGAAAGAGGUAUAGACUCUGAUGUUGUAAAAUAUCUCAUUAGAAUAUUAAAGACGUCAUCUCCAACUUUGCAGACAAAGAUUGCUUCCAUCUUUGAGCAUCUCUCUAGUUUUGAACCAUUUGUGACGAUGCUCACAAUUUCUGACAUUGAAUCAGGGCUUCAUGCCGUUUUUCAGAACUUGCUGUUGAAUGGUACACAAGAAAAUGUUGACAAUCAACUUGAGUUGAAUACCCUGAUGGCUGAGGAAAUCGGUCUUGCAGUAGCUGCAGCUUCCAGGUUGCUAACAAAACUUUUGAAUUUUGAACAAUUCCAUCAAUCUGUGAAAACUUCACAUUUUCAAUCUGUACUACGCGAUGUCCUGAGAUCCAACAUUCCUCUUCAUACUAAAGACUGGGUUGCUUCAUGCCUUGUAAAGCUUGAAUCCAAGUCUUCUUCAGGCUGGGACAUGUCCGACGACCCUCCCAUAGGCUUGGAGGUGAUUGUUUAUGAUACCAUACCAAGACUCGUUGAACAAAUGACUACGCCAUUUUCUCUUGAAUCUCGUGAAGCUGCCGCCAUUGAACUUAACCAAGUCAUCUCUGAAGGAGGCGUGGAGUGCAGCAAAGCCGUUACUUCUGCAGGAGGAAUAUUUUCCCUUGUGAAGCUUAUUGAAGAGGCGAGUGGCGAUGGACUGGAAGCUUGUCUAUCUAUCUUAUAUAAUCUUAGCAUGGAUGACGAGAAUCAUCCUGCUAUGGUUUCUGCUGGAAUUGUACCUGCACUGAAGAGGAUUGUUCUUUCUGAAGGAGCUCAGUGGCCCCGUGCUUUACGUUUGCUGAGAACAUUGCCUACAUGAUAUGAUUACGAAACUUCAGCUUUCUCGAGCAGAGAAGUUGCAGAUGGCUCUUGUGAGAACUUUGUUGUCCAUUGGUCACACUACCAGGAGUCUUCUUGCAAACAUACAAUGACUGCAUUUUGCUGAAGCUUGAAGAAGAUGGACUGUCCAUUUAUAAAGUUCAAUAGAAUGCAAGUGUAAGGGACUAUUUCUAAGUGUGCUUUGAAGGUCGUGUUAGAAGCAUAGCUGAAUGGUACAUUUAUUUGAUUUUUGUUCACUUCAUAUGGACCCA